CUAGCUGCAUCUGAUAUCUGUCACAGAUGAGGUUGAAACGAGUUAUAGUAACGUUAGAGUAACAAUUUUAUUAAUGUCUAUCCCUUUAAUAACGACAAGUUAUUAAAGAUCGGACUGUUACAAGAUCGGACUGACUUGCGUGUUGACAGGUUUAUUUACGCAGCUGGCAGUGUUGGACAUGGUGUUAUUAAUGUGCGCUCUUCUCUGCAAACCCUGACCUUCAACCUACUGCGGGGGAAAGCCUGGCAGUAAAGGCUUAAUAAGGUGAGGACUCUCCAUCCAGCACCCAAAUCAGCUACCUUCUCAUGUCAUGUUGAGGUGUUUUGGCUAAUGAGGAACCCAGAGAUGCCCGUUACAGCAUGAAAGAGCCCUGGGCAAGGCGCAUGCCCGAAUUAAACCAAGCACAUCUUCACUUUCAUUAUUCCAUAUCGCUCCUUUGGAGGAUGAUCGCAGCUUGCUGAUUUGCUGAACCCACCACACUGCACCGUUGUCCCAGGUCAUCCGGUGUCUAGUGGGAAAGUGGUCUUGAGAUGGCAAGGGGUCCUGUUUAAAGAAACUCCUGGAUUGUAGGAUAAGAGGUUGCAAGCUACGCAGCCCACUGCCACCAAUGGAUGCCAAGUUACGCGAAGAUCUGUUCCGCAGGUAUGUGGUGUCUUUGGAGAAUCGGCUUGAGGAGGGAGCCAGUGAAGGAGGAGGAGAUAAGCAAGGAGCUAAGACUGAGGAGGCACUGAUUUCUACUGCAACAGCACUGCUUGGCUCAUACCAGCCCGAUCCAGGGCAGCGCUUUCGCAUGGUUCGGUUCUAUGAAAUGGCUGAGAACUCCCUGAGGACUCAGAGAAGCGCAAACUUGCGGACAUUGGAGACGGCCUUUGCGACGCUGGAAACCAUCUGUUCCAACUUGCUGCUCUUUCCUUGGAAGAAAGAGUUCCGUUGCAUAAAGACCUUCACGGGGCCGUACGUGUACCAGUUGCAGUCGGUGAUAUGCGACGCAGACUUGCGCUCGCUGCUGCGUUCCAUGGGCUAUUCAAGAGACCAGGAAUUGCAGUACCAUGUUAGGGACCAUCCAGGCGGCGCCUCCCACCUCCGGCAGCUCGCCUUCGAACUGCUCCUCGCCCAGGCCGAAUGCCGUCUGCUCGGCGAGGUGGUGUCCAUGUCUCGGGGCUUUGCCUCGGAGCUGGAGGCCGUGGAGGUGAGGAGGAACACCAGAGAAGAUGCGGCAGGGUGCGCUGACGCCCUCCGCCGACGAGACAGCCUCACAGGAGACUUGUCCCGCCUGUCGGUGCGGCCGGUGGACAUCGACCGCGCCCACCUAAGGCGAAGCGGCCGGCCGUCCAAGUCGGUGGAUGUAACAGACAGCGCAGGACACUGGCACCAAGCCAGCAAGCCAGUGCUGAAGGCCUCGCUCAGCCUGCGCAAAGAGCCAUUGUUUGUCGACACGGAAGAAGACAUGAAGGAUGAAAUCAUCCGACCGAGCCCUUCGCUUUACCCUGUGGCGGCGCCGCCGUCUUACAGCCCAGUGGCUGACUUCUUCCCUAUUCAGUCGCCCCAGUCUGAGCCAUACUCCUACCACUUGUCCUCCCUGGAUGAGGUGGACUUGUACACUGAACGGGGUCUGGGCGGCCACCAAACGCCCUCUAGACCGCCGAGCCGGGAGCCUCGAGAGUCCCGGGACAGCUGGGUUCUGAAGGGGCACGUGAUGAAGUGCCAGGGCUGUGGCAUGGGCUGCCCUUCGCUCUCCUCUUGCCAGAGGUGCGACAUGAUCUUGUGUUCGCCCUGCCAUGCUGUGGAGCCAGCGCCUUGUUGCGGCUUCCAGGAUUACACUAAAACGUCCCGCCCUUUGGAUGGCUACAUGCCAAUCAAGGAGAAGUUGUCCGUCUACUCCAACGCUCACUCGCACACUCACCCUCACCCUCACCCGCUUCCCCACGCUCAGUCCCACUCGCUGUUGCUGGACAAAGCUGUGAUGAGCGCCAAGCUGUUUCCCAGUAAAGCCGUGGGUUCGGGCAGCAGUCCGGUGGUCGGCUCGGUCAGCAGUGGCAGCAGCAGCAGUGGGGGUGAGCGGUUGGGUGUGGGCGGCUCCCGCUGUGGCUUUUGCAACAAGCCAGGGGCCUCUUACACCUGUGUGAACUGCUCCAAGGUGUCAUGUGACACGUGCAUGAGCCUCUACGCCAGCGAUGUGUGCACCCGCAAAUAUCCUCAUCAUAACUUUGUGCCCAAUCAUCAACUCAAUUUUAAAUCCAGCACCAUAUCCCACCUCGUAUAUCGAUAGACCAGAGACACAGCCGGCGCGCUGCAGUUGUGCACUACACCUCUAUCGCGCUCUUUAUCUCUGCUUUUACCACCCCUGAUUGUUUUUUUUAUUUAUUUUUUUAUUUAACUCUUCCUGCUUCCUUUCUCAGUUGGCAGUUGUUUGGUUUUGGUUAUGUGAUCUUGCAGUGCAUUUCCUGUCCCUCAGUAGCUCUACUUUAUCAAGGAAAACAAAAAGCUGUUUGACCGGAGAAUUCCAUUCAGUAUCAAUGCUUGUUAACUUGAAAAAAUACCCAUGCAGCGCAUAGGAACUGUGAAUGUUUAGCAGAGACACCACCCUGGAAUUGAAUCGAGUAACUUGGAACUUUUCAAACUUGAACACAAGAAAAGAAAACAAAAAAACAUUACACUGGAAGUAAAUAGUAUAUAUUUUGAAUUGUGAAUCUAUAGAUCUAUGUAAGACUAUCGCUCUCAUGGUGGGGUGGUUGAAUGGGGCUUGGGUUGUGAAUUUGUAUCCGACUUGUAGUUGCUGUUAAGUCACUAUAUUGAGUCCUCUGACAAGAAAUGCCUUGUGGGUUUACCCCUAAGAAGUCAGCCUACGCUGUUCAAAAUGCUGCUGUUGAACGUAAAACCAGGAGGGGGCGCACCUGGCCUCUAAUAUGUUUUGCAAGUACCAUGAAACUCUUUUUGGCAAACUUCAUGCACAUGCUGUUAAUUAUGUCAGUAUAUUUUUUUUCAUCUGUCCAGUUUUCCUUUACAUUGUUGUAAUCUGUUAAGAUGUUUAGUCAUUGAAAUAGAGAAUAAUUUAAUAUUUUGCUACACUGGCUGUCAUGAGAAACAGUUAUUUUUUUGUUAAUUCAUUGUACAAUACAUUUAUGAUGAUGUGUUUGCAUACAGUGAUAAACUAAAGUGUCACUGGGUGAAUGUCACAAAGGAUUUAAUGGGUCAUAUUUCACCCCACAAUCCAAAGAAGAUGUGAUAUUUUACAUAGAGAAAACAAGAUUCUCAUUACUGCAGUGCAACAAUACAGAGAUGCAAUGUUGAAACUCAUACUUUAUGAUCCAGAAUGGUCUUGUUUAAUAUAAAAUUAAAAUGAGGAUAAACUAAAUUCAGUACAACGAAUACUACUACAAUCUAUUAUUACAGUAGUACUUUAUAAAUGUUCUUUCCACAUUACGGUUAUCCGAAUUAGAACUUGUAAAAAUGUAUUUUCUUUAUGCAAAAUAUUUUUCUUGCUGUUUUUAUUUAUUUAUUUAUUAUUAUGGGGUAAAAUAUGACUUGAACAUGUUUUUUGUGACAUUCACCCUAAUUGGCCUGAUUUUUAUUCUUCCCUGAAUAUAACACUAAUUAUAUAUAUAUAUAUAUUUUUUUUUCUGCAACUACUGCUAUUGUUUUUUGUUUGUUAAUUUUGUGUGCCUGUACCAAUAGAACAAAGUCAGUAUAUCAUUCUGGUUACAUAUCCUUAAUUUCAGAGACUUUUCAACCUGCUCUCCCUGCUGCCUUAGGUGUAACCUUUCCAAUCACCUGAAGGCUGCACUAAAUGCAGGACUCGAUGCUUAAUGUCUGUACGCAGCAUAAAGCGAGGGCCAAAAAAUCUGUCAGGGAAACAGAAACUAGCACAAGACAUAAAGAUGGCAUGUUCUUACGAAGUACCGUCAGUAUGUGUUUUUGAUUUAGUGAAACAAGAGUUAAUGGAUGCGGUCAGUCCUCUAUCUCUUCUUGCCUUUGUCUCUCUGUUGGAUGAAACUCUGCUGCGUCCUUAAAUUCUGCAUUUGUUUCCAGUACUAAACAGCAGCCAGGAAUAGUUUGAUUGGUUUUUACAUUCAAGUGACAGCGUGAUUAACCAAUCAAAACUGCGAUGUGCCAAACUCCCACAGGCUGUGAAGACAGAACCGUUCCCUACUGGUCAUCUGCACAGUAACUGAGCCAUUUGAAAGUGUUUUAACCCUGAGUGAUGAAUAACCUGUGUGUGACUAAGCCACUUUCUCUCACACACCAAUCAGUUCUCAUCGUGACCUGUUAACGGGUUUGUGUGGUGGUUUCACUAGAGAUGAACUGAUGAGUGAAUUGACCAAGACAUGCCCCUCCAUACACACACAGUCCUCUGCUCCUCGUUUCCCCCAUUCAUGAAGCAUUAUUCACAUCUGCAGAGGUCAGAUCUCUGUCUGGCAGACAGGUUUUAUCUUCAACGGAGACGUGGUGGGGUGAAGGGGCUUGGUCGGUAAAAGUAUAAUCCUAUAAUUAUAUAAAUUAAUUAAAAGCGAUGAUUUUAUAAAAUAAUUUCAAAAAUAAAGUUCUACAAAAAAAGCACUGCCUUUGCUUUGGUGUUUGAGUUUUGGAUAAAACAUGAGUUAAAAACUCACUAAAUCACCACAACUCUUUCAGGAGAAAUAAAAAAAAAUUAUGUUUUUUGUAGAAAAUUGUUAAACAGCAGUUUAUGAGUGAAACAUAUCUGCUAGCUAACAAGCAUAAUCAUUAAACAGCACUUUGGGAAAGGAUGUUUUCCCUGGUGAAUUUAUCAACUGUUUUACAGGCUGUGUGUACACACAUUAAGCACUACACUUCAGGUGACAUGUAUUUCAGGUUUUACAGUGAUCCACACAGUGACACACAAGACUAUAGAAUACCCAAGACGUGUCACUCGUAUAGUUUUGAAUGGGGAAAAAUGCAACACUCAAUAUGGCCGCUCAAUCGCAGGAAGACCUGCCUUUUGAAUGAAACAGUCAAUCACUAAUUGGCAAAGUCAGCGCGUCACUGCAGAUGCAGUUAGAAGUCCUGGUUGCUAUAGAAACAGUCAGCGUUCUGAGAUUUGCACUUAGGACUGUGCAUGCGCAAUGGCUGAUUUAGCCUGAAAAAUAAGCUUUUUAUAACGCUAUUU